AUGUCGCCAUACCUUGAGCAAGAGCUCGACAAGCAUUUCAACUUUCUCCGGCUCUGGAAUUUCCCCGAACACCAAAAGAGCCACUUCUUGAACUUGCAUUCUGAAUCUAUUAGAGGAGUCGUUGGAAACGCAACAAUCGGAGCAAAUGCGGAGCUAAUUGGUGCUUUAUCGAAGCUGAAAAUUGCAUUGAGUUACAGUGUGGGAUUGGACAAGAUCGAUUUGGAAAUCUGCAGGGAAAAAGGAAUUAAGGUUACUUACUGUCCCGAUUUGAUUACUGAAGACGUUGCAGAUAUUAGCAUUGCUUUGUUUUUGGCAGUUUUGAGGAGAAUUUCCCAAUGUGAUCGCUACGUUAAGAAUGGCCUUUGGAAGAAUGGCGAUUUUAUGUUGACGACCAAGAGUGGGGGCGAUUUGAAGUUAGAUCAAGGAUUUCAAAAUUCCAAAUUGACAGCCACUGUUGAAGCUUGA